UUGAAACCGUCGCGCUAGUUUGAUGAGGAACAUGUAUUUUGGUUCAAAUUUGGUAGAAAUUUGCUCAGAUAUCGUUUUUGAUGGUGCAGAAAGGUCUUAGAGAAGUAAUGUUUGAUGUGGAUGAGCCAAUUUCAGAUUACCAAAAAGUUAUUCGAGAGCGAGCAUCUCAAAGCCUCGGACCUCUCAGAUAUGCGUUCAAUUCUCCUGUUAAAUCACCUGGCUCCAGGAAGUAUAAAGGCGAUUCCUACAGCUCAGCAGUCACAAGGCUAAAGACUUUGCUUCAGCAGUACAAUGACUCACAGAUUUUGGAGCCAAGAGCUGCAGCUACUUCUCAGUCAAUUGGAGCAGUACCAGACAGGAGCCAUUUGCCCAACACAGAUGAAGUAACACAACUUUUGAACAACCAGUUCACUGUAUUACAAUACCUUGAGGGCCAAGUUGAGUUCUACAAGGAUGCCCUGGAGUCUCUAAAACAAAGAGCAGAACUUGUGAUUACAGAAAAUGAAAAUCUGUUUGAUCAGCUCAAGACUCAAGCCAUUUCUCAAGUGCUAUCAACAGGAGAACAAAGCAAGUCUGAGGAACAAUUUCCAUCGGGCCCCACAUCAGGGGAUCCAAAACAAGGGUUGGGUAGGUCACAGACAGAGGACAGCACCAUCAGUGAUGAUGGGGAUGAUGAUGAGGUGAGGCAGGGGCAAGGCACCUUGCCAACUGUGCUUCAUGAACACAGCAAAGCACAGCCAGUGAGGGGCUUGAAGAAAAUGGACAGGGAAACUAUGAGUACAAAAGAACUUGGUUUACAUGAUGUAGUACCAAGUGAAAGGGAUCCCAGGAGAUCCUUGAUGCCAUCUGUCAUGCAAAGAUCAGCACUUGAAUCUUCCUUUGGAAUAAGUAACCUUGAUUCCCAGUUAUUUAUGUCUGCCAAUGAAAGAAAAUUUGUUAACCAGCUUGAAGAAGAGGUGGAGAAAAUCCGGAAACUGCAUGAAGCAAAGACAAGACAUCUGGAGUCUCUUCUUUAUUCAACAAGAGAUGAACUUGAAGACUACCAGAGGCAGUUAUCAGAGCUGCAAGCAAAAUUAAGAGCUCAAAAAGUAUUAGAGGAUCAGAGAGGUCAACCAGCCUUGUGCGUCAAAUGUGGGCAUCAUUCUGCCGUUUUGUCCAAUACACACAGUGAAGCAGCCAUAGACACAAUCAAUCAACUGACAAAAGAGAGGGAUGAUUUGAUGAACAUGCUGACAGGGCAGAAAGCCGUCUUAGCUGAGGUUCGCCAGCGGGAGUUUGAAGCUUACAACCAAGUGAAAAAGAGCUGUAAUAUGGUGGAACAGGCUCAGCUAGAAAAGGCAGAGGCCAUCAUUCAUGUUCGCCAGCUCCGAGAAGAUUUGCGGAAAGAACGAGAGCGACACGAAAACAGUAUGAGAAUGUUCAGCGAAAAAAUGGACAUGGAGAGGAAAAAGGUGCAAGAAGCAUGUCGGGAGGAAGUCAGUGGUCUUGUUAAACAGAUAGAAUCUUUAAGAGAGGCUCAGUCAGCGCUGGAGAACCAACUAGAACGGCUAACACGCGAAAAGGUCGACCUUAUGGCAGAGCUGGAACAAGCAAAUAGCCAAAUCCUGGCGAAUGCAUCUGAAAUUUCUAAGGCUAAUGAGACUGUGGAGAAAGAACUUGAACAGACACAAAUGAGAUUGUCAACUGCUUCACAAGAAUUGCACUCAGUCAAAGCAACUACUCAGCAAGCGCAGAGGGAAAGAGAGCAGGAGAGAACACGGCUGACGAGUGAAAUGGAUGAACUUAGACGGCGUCUCCAAGAAGCUGAACACUCGUGGAUGCAAUGUAAAGAGGACUGCAUUAGAUUUACUGAAAGACUCAAUAAUGCAGAGCGAGAAGCUAAAGGUGCCAUAGCUGCGAAAGAAAAGCUGGAGAAAACUAGGGCGGAAGAUUUCGAACAACUCCGAAAACAAAGCGGACAGAGAGAUGAGCAACUUACCACGCUCUUACAAGAGACAGAAACAAGGCACACUCAGUGUAGAACUGAAUUGCAGCAGAUGCUCGAGGCUGAGAUUCAUGUGUGCAACAAAAUGAAAGAAGAGUGCAAGAGACUCACUCAGCAGUUGGAAGAUUCCGCUGAGAAAUCAAGUGCCAAGGUACAAGAUGCAAACAAGGAAUGCAGUAAGUUGAAGAAGAAACUUGACGAAUCUGUGGCACGGAGGCGGACUUUAGAGGAACAAAACACGAAAAAAGACAAACGUAUACAUGAAUUGCAGUCUCGUCUCAAACAGAACGACGAGAACACUCGCAAGCAAGUAGAUCAGAUGUGUCAGUUGCUUUCCACACGAAAUAACUUGAUGAAGGAACGAAAAAUUUUGAGUCAAGAAGUCGAAUUCUUGAGAAAGCAGUUGAUCGCGAAGAUACCCUCUGAACCUGUGACACCCUUUAUGGAGACU